GACGAGUGUGAAGCAGGACUUCAUAACUGCCACGAUGAUGCGUACUGCACCAACACCAAGCGUUCCUUCACGUGUACUUGCAAACCAGGAUAUACUGGGGACGGCGUCAACUGUGCAGGUAACAUAAUAUGGAGCUGAAACGAACAGGAUUUUAUCUUAAGUCAUGUGCUAUUCCAUGCCAAAAAUAAUAUAGCCAAAUUGAAAGGUAGAAACCUGUUUUCAUAUUCAGUAAGUGGUAUGUCACAGGUUGUAUCUACGAAAAGAGUUUUGGCCUUGGUACGUGUAAAGUUGUGGCCUCUAAUUUUCCCACAGAAAUCAAAAAUCUUUCAAAAAAAAGUAAUAAUAAUAACUGCUACAAUUUAACUGGUCGAGCUCGAACUGUUUCCGCAAUAAAGCACACAGGCUUAGUGACAGUUAGGCUGGGGAAACAAAAAGUGCGACCAACAUAUGUCUGGGACAGGAAACACCGAGCUCAAAGGCUUAGAGACAGAAAAACUUGGGAUCUAUCUUUGACAUAAGGAUAUCAUCUUCACUAAUAUACCUAACAAGUCACGAAGGCCAAUAGCCAGCUAGGCUGUUAGAAACGGUUAGGGUGCAGCAUUUAAGGUGAACAGGUGUUUAUUACGAUUGUGGCUGGGGGUCUCACGGUAGCAUUGCCAAUUUGACUGCGUCAGUCGUUGACUUAUGUCGCCACUCAAGAGCGCUCCUAGGACAGCUGACCUAAGCGUACAUUAAGACUAAAUCCAUAAGAUAAGGAACAGAUGAAAAACGGCGCUAACCGUAGAAAUAAACAAAAGAAUGAUAAAAUUCAGAAAACUGGCAGACCUGAGCUACCAACAGAAAUAAAUGCGGUCAGCCAGAGGCCAGAAAAGGAAACCUCCCCAAACUCCACGAAGAGAAAAAAGCGGGCGGGAAAUGUGGAUAGGAACCAAGCCUCAAGGUCAUAGACGUUUCUACGGGACUUUAAAAGUUAAUCGAAAUAGACCGCUCCUAAAAUAAACGAAAAAAAUUAAGAAAACCAAAGAAAGGUUGUUUCAGAAGCCGAGAUGACGUACACGCGAUAUUUAUACGUAGCCUUUUAUACUCCCGGUAUGGACAAGACAAGAACUUUAUUUAUACCUGACACACAGAAAAAAAGACAAACUACUUAGGUAAGGUACAAGCCUCCUAUAGCUAAAAAGAUAAUCUAGCUAGGAGGCAUUAUAGCGGAGCCUCCGCGCGCGAAGCGCGCGCAGCGGAGCACCAUGGGUAAUAAAACUUGGUAAACUACCCAUCCGAGAAAAUUUGGUUAUGCGUAUGUACGACCGUACGGACUUUCCGGGUAGGGGUAAGUAGAAACGAAUUCCUCCCCUCUCCACUUGAGAGUUUUUUCCCCUAUUGUUUCAGAAGCCUUUAGAAAUGAUUGACAAAUCAGAAUCUGUCAACUGACUAAAUGUUUGGUGGAUUUUAGGGGCCGACCAUUUGACUUUUGAGGGGGUUAUGGGUGAUUUCAGAAAAAAAAUGUCCUGCAGGCUGAUUUCUGGAGGAAAAAAGCAUGCAAAUAAAUUCCGGGGAAAAAACAUCCUGCACUGAAAGAAAUAUCGCUCAUAACGUAUAAUGCUGAAAAAAAAUCUUAUACCGUUUAUAUCUUGGGGAAAAAAAUUCUAACUCCAGAGAGUUUGGGAAAAAAAUCUCAACUAAAUCAGUAAAAUGACCCAUACCCGACUCCCCCACAAACGUCCAAUGGUCAUGUCAACCAUUUAGGGGGGUGAGGGAAGAAACGAAUUUGACACUGUAGUAAAUGUCAUCCAUCAACAAAAUGGCUGGCGCGCGUUCAUCAUGUGGUGGUUUACAAGACUAAAGUUUUGCAUUUCAAGAUUGAAAAUACGCCGAUAAAAGACACAAAUGGAAAGGGAAAGUUUCUAAAGAAUGUUCAGUUUCCUGAGCAUUCGCUAUGACAUUGUCUUUCGAGGAAUUCAACCUUGUUUUCUACGGAUCGGAGCACUUGGCUUGUUUUGAACCAACAAGGCAGCGAGGUUUCUGAGGACACUUGAGGUACAUUCCGUACUCUAUGAUCAAACAAAACUACGUUUUCAAAAGGGAAUUUUUGUAUUUUAAAGGUUUCCUGGACGGUUUCUACAUUUUGACAUCGGCGUGAAAGAAAAACCACAAGAUUGAUUUUUUGCCAUGUGCUCGACCGAUUUAACUUAACUUACGCGAAUUGCUUUUCAGACCUUUUUAGGAUUAACUUAUGGGUUUUUGAAUAAAAUUUUCAAGAAAUUAAGUUAUUUAUCUGUCAUUGUUCAUUCAUAACAUGAGUUCAAAAAACGACCAUGAGACUACAGAUCGUGAGAUUUUUAGAAACAUUCAGACGGACCCUUUCUUGGAUCAAAACUGAAGUGCUGUUUUUUACAUGUUCCGCACUGAAUUGCUAUUCAUUUUUUCAUUCAUUACUUGCCAUUCAAGAAUUUUGCAGUGUGUAGAAUUCAAGAAUUUCUGCAGUUUGGCAGUGUGCAGCGUGCUUCUCUUUUUCCAUAAUUUGUACCCUGAUUACAGCUGAAUACAGUUUGAAUUAAGUUUACUGGGUUUGUUCUCAGUUGUUUGUUUACAGCUGUUGAGCUUAUCUUAAAAAAAUGAAAGAGUUUUCCUCUAUUCUGAAACGGACAGACUCGUCGGCUUUUCGAGCUCGAGUUUGUCUUUUUUUUUUUAAUUAAAAAAGUUCUAAGUUUAUAUUUGUAGCGAAAGAUUGUAUUAUAGUUAUAGGUAGCGAACAAGGUUAUCGUUUGCUUUCUAUGUCUGUCCUCAGAGAAAAUAUUAUACACCUUACGGUAAAAUUUUCUUUCAGAUAUUUUCAGGUAUAAAUGUAAAGGCUACACAUAACUGUUCGUCCGGGGUUUAAAAAAAAGAAAAGAAAAGAGAAGAUAAUGGGCUUAUGGGAAGACAAAAGUCCUUAAGUCGGCCUGAUUCUCCUUUUAGGUCUUCCCUUAAACACAGACACACCGACCCUAGAAAUCGUAACCUGUAAAAUUGCUGCUACUAAGAGACCUACAAUUUAACAUUUUUUUUUCAGUUCAGGUUUGUUUGCGGGAUAUUUUUUCUUAAUCAUUUAGUCCCUCCCUCUAAAGAUGUCUGAUGCCGAAGGCUCUUAGGAAUGUGAAGAUUUCUUUGCCUUUUGGCUUAGAGUUCAUGUUAUUACUUUAAUUUGAUUGCUUUUAUCAUAAGAAUAGAAACGGAGGCUUCGCCUUUAGCCCUGGCUAAAUCUAUAUAUUAGAUUAAUGAAGAAUUUUUAAGAGGUUGUUUCAUGGAAGCACAAGUAGAAAUGUAAAAAACAAACAAACAAAUAAACAAAGAAAAGAAAAAAAAACUCAUAUGUACAGACUGAAUUCAAUCACUGAAAAAUUGCGGAAAUGGAGAAAAUAUUAGAAAGAAAAACUUACUACGAACUGGUGCCCCUGGCCUAACACCCAGGCCCUGUUGUAUCUCGUGCAGUCAAAAUAGUUAUUUCUUAUUCUUAGCGGGCUCAUUCGUCAUAAAUAACAUAACUUGCAAUAUGUAAAACUUUGGAUAAUCAUUUGUCACUGAUUUUAUCUGGGAUUUUGUUACAAGUGGCAUGAAUUGAAUUAUAGUUCACUGCAACUGCUUUAUUUCCAAAACUGCAGAUUAAGAUAUUCGUGGAAUAUUUCUACUACUCAAAAGCAUUGCAUUACUAUCCCUCAUUCAAUAGACAUAAGAAUCGAACUGAUUCAGUUUGAUAAUUCAGCAUUAAAUAUUGAUUUCCAGACAUAAACGAGUGUAACACAGGAAAACACAACUGUGACGUCACUAGCAAAGUGUGCCAUAACACUAUAGGAUCCUUCGGGUGUGGUUGCAAGGAAGGUUAUUUUGAAGAUGGAGAAGAUAAAUGUACAGGUACUACUUCAAGAUCCCUUUAUUGAAACACUCAGUUAUUUCGUAGCCACGUUUCUUUCACAUAAAUUUCCUCUGUUCAAAAGUGGUUUUUCACUAGAUUCGCCUUAAUUUAAGUCUCGUUAAUCUCCAUAAUACCUUUUACUAGUGCUGAUCCCAGAGCAUUAAGUUAAUAUAAUAAGUCAGAUAUAUUAUUUUAAUUCUAAUAGGCCAUUUUUGAGUUGACUCGAACUUCUGUCUUAAAACAAGGCGAAGUGCAAAGCUUUUAGAUAUGAAGAUUAGUUUUAAAGCUUAAGGAGAAAGGUUUGAGGGUUGACCUUGUUUUAUAAAUGAACAUUGAUCCUAUGAAAUGGAUAUAAUGGUAGGCCACAGCAAUUGCUCUGAAAGAAAAAGGAAUUCAGUUUUGAUCAUUCAGUGCCGGACUUCUUUUUUGCAGAUAUAAAUGAGUGCAAAGCAGGAAAGCACAACUGUGGUGCAAACGCUAAUUGCCAAAACACUAAAGGGUCCUUUGUGUGCACCUGCAAGCCAGGGUCUUCUGGGGAUGGAGUUAGCUGCACAGGUGAAAACAAUACCUCGGUCUUCUUUACAAAGAAUCUUUUUCUAAUCAACUCCAGUUAUAUCGCAUUAAAGCCAAGUUCAGCCACAAGGUAGUAUGAAGCUUAGUCCCUAGAGCUGCAGUUGGUUCUUUUACGCUUAAUAAUAAGUAUCGAAAUGCCCUUGCAUUCUGCUCUAGUUUGUGAUUUGCAGUAUUUGUAUGCAAUUUUAGCCUUAUAAAUGCUUGAGAUAUUUACGUUUUUUACCCAUUCGCCCCUGAACCGCCCGUAACCGCCCGUGCGGAUCCAGGUCCUUUCUACCCUUUGUGACGUCAUCAGUUUUAACGGUCAAGGACAACUUUCUUCGCUAACUUGUGCAGAGUGAAGAGAUCUUUCAAACCAUACCAGAAUGAGCACAAUUCAGUCAAGGACACCGGAGAAAGAAGCAAAAAAACACGUGACAAGGACCUGAAAAUCUGCAUGAAAAUCUUGUUCCAUUACCCACCUACCUUUCCUUUCACCUAAUCCUAAGUUCCUAAAAGCUUUCCUAAAAACUCUUCCCACCAAAAUGAAGCCUACUAA